AGCUGUUUCGUUGUUACUGCAAUUAUUGUCCCGUGUGAAGAAUUGAUUGAAGUUCCUUGCUUUUGAUAACAGCUAGCGAAGGUUUAUUCAGUUUUAUGAACUCAGUCUCUUGUUAAUUAUCGACAAGUUGAGCACAUGAUGUUGUUCAGGGUGGCUGGAAUAACGUCGCCAGGCACAACCUCGUCAGCCAGAUGUUGGGACUUGAGGAAUUUUUUGCUGUACGAGGUUGGUCCAGUUGUGAAGUGCGGGUGUUGGAAUUACGACGUUAUUCCACCAUCCCGUUGUUCACUGAUGCUGGUUGACAUGCCGCAAAGGAAACAUGUUCCGGGAAUUCAAGGGAGAUCAUCAACAAAAAUUCGUCGGUCGCUCACUCUGUUCAGAAAUGGCUGGGAUUCCUCUGAAGGGGAUUACAAAAACAACACGCUCAGAGAGGCAAUGGUGGGAAUAUAAGAAGACCAAGCUGAAGAAAGUCCGGUUUGUGGACAAGGUUGAGCUAAUUUUCUGUUUCGAUGAAACAGGCAAAGAGAGCUGGUGGUGGGAAUAUUUUGUUUUCCAUAUAAGGAUGAAAAGGAAGCAGAAAACCAAAGGAUGGAAUAUCACUUCCCCCUUGGUUUAAGAUACAAUUACCUUUGCUUGUUGUGCAAAUAUCAAAUAAAAAAGUGAAGAGAAGACCCACCUUUCUUUGGAUAAAGAAUUCAAAUCAAAAGUGGGAAUCAUGUUGCAAAUUUCUCCUAAAUACUUUCUGGUCAACUGAACUUCGUGGUACAGCGAAAAAAAUAUAUGCAUUUCAAAAGCUUGAAUAAAAUUGAGCUCUUCAGUACAGUAUUUACAUAUCUGCUAAACUCCAAAAAUGUGGUUGUUUUCUUUCAAUAAUCAUGGGAAAUGAAUAAAUGUGUAUAGAAAUACAUACUGUUAGAAAAUUGAAGCAUAGAAUAAUUUUUGCCUAAAUUUGAAAUGGUAAAACUUGUGCUCUUUAAAUUAUUUCAUCUUUGAGUCCCUGGUCAUGUUUUUGAACUAGUGCAUUUUUUCUGCCUUCGCCUCCCAAAACUCACCUCCUCGAUCCAGCAAGUAAAUAACCUUACAAUUUUUGACCUCUCCCAAAUGCCAGCCAAACUCAUCCUGAAUUUUUCUGGCUCGCCCAAAGAAAUGGCAAUCAACACCCUCAUGGGUGAACCCACUGCACUCACCUUAUGCGGCCCUGAUGAGAGAGCUCGAAUAACUUCAGAGGCAUGUUAUCAGUGUUACAGGAUCGCCCUCUGUAACUCACUGGCAUUUACUGAUGCUGAUCAGUAUGCAGCUAGUGCCAACACAAUCCUUAUCCUACGUAAGGUUUAAAAAAAAAAGGAAGAGAAAUGGAUCGCCUGACUCUGCACGCGUGCCUCAAGCAACCGGUGCGAUCCGAAAUCUCGCAAAAAGGAAUUCCUUCCUCCACUGGUUUAAGGUAUCAGUUUACAGAGAAACCGUUGCCGUUUACAUGUUUUCUUGUUUGGUUUAGGUAUGCGAUAUCGCAAAAAAAAAUAAAAACGGAAAACUUAUGCUCUGUAUGCAUCGAAUUACAGUACAGACCCAAAAAAUACAUAUGUUUGAUGUUUAAAAAAAAGAAAGGAUCCUGUUGUACGGUUACUCAGCCUGGCCGAAAGCUGCACAGAUCAGUUUUGCGCACGCGCUCAGUGCCAUAAAGUCGGAAGGGAACUUUUUGAAAAGAACAACAGCCAGAGAAAAAAAAAAUGUUGAACUCAGGCAGUGAUUUACUCUUGGAUGACAAUUUUUCUUGCGAUAACUUUGCUGCGCUUUUACUCGCUGUUGACAACACUGCUGGGGUGUGGGAAUCUGCUGACAGCCAAGACACCAUCAGCAGCAGCUUCAGUGCGCCAGAAACAGUUUUUGACGAUUUCUGGUCAUUUGGAAUCAGUGAUGCGGAAACUGAUACUUUUUCCACAACGUCUACCAUUCAAGACAUUUGGGCAGAUGUUCCAUUUUGUGUUGAAGAUACAGAAUGUUGUCCGCAGGACAACCCUGGAGUUUACUUCGAAUUACUUGGACAGAAGACUACCGAGAAUACAAUUGAAGAGCCCCAAUUGUUCCCCAGCUGUUGCAAUGGCCAAGAAUUUAUGGUUGAACACGAAUCAGUCCAUUUCAGCGAUGAUCAACUUUCUGCAAUCUUGGAUCUGCCGCAGAUCUUGAUUGUAGAUACCAAUCAGCAGCUUCACAAACCUGUUUCAAGAACUUCGCAAUCUCGGAAAAUUGCAAAAAAACGUGGAACAAAAAAGCCUCACAAGAAAACUGCAUCUCAACUUAUUCGCCGGCAUCAUCAUCCUCACCAUCUACGCACACAAGGAAGGGAUCGCAGAGAUGAUUUGGUUUUCAGCUUGCCAAAAAGUUUCCCUUGUUUGCAGCCAAGUUGCGGGAAAAUUUAUGCAAAAUCCUCACACCUCAAGACCCACAUGCGAAGACACACAGGCGAAAAGCCUUUUCAGUGCAGAUGGGCAGACUGUAGAUGGCGUUUCUCCAGGUCUGACGAAUUGGCGAGACAUUUCCGCUCACACAACGGACACAAGCCGUAUUUGUGCAGCCUAUGUCCGAAACGAUUCUCGAGGUCUGACCAUUUGGCCAAACACAAGCGUGUCCAUGACAAACAGCAACAACAACUACUCAAACAAUCCAAGAAUAAUGACAGUGAAAGGAAGUUGAGCCAGGGCGCGAACGUUGACAGGGAAAUGAUUGAAAUCAACUUUGUUCCUUACAAGCAGGAACCAGGAUUUCUGGUUUCUCAGAUGCGGGAUACUUGA